AUGUCCAACUUCCGCGGCACCCGCAAAGGCGGCAAAGCCCGACCCUCCCAUUCCUACGCCACAAUGCAAAAAGGCCUCUUCGAAGACGGCACAUGGAAGUGCGACUGCAACCCCCGCCUCCCCGCCAUCCACCUCCAAACCAAGAAAGAAACCGCGAACAAAGGCCGCUGGUUCUACAAAUGCCAGAAGGGCCAAGACGACGAGGGCUGCUGCAACUUUUUCCUCUGGGAGGAUGCCGCGAAGCCGCGCGAGGGGAGGGCUGUGCUGGGGACGUCGAGGACGGAGCCUGCGACGCCAGUGACGACGCCGAGGAAGCCUGGGAUUGCGGUUACGAGGGCGUUUACGCCGAGCGAUUACGGACUACCGCAGCAUGAGGAUGGGAACAAGAAGCGGGGGAGGAUCGAUGAGGAGGAAGACUACGGCUGGGACGACUCGAUUGACAGCGUCGAGCUCGCGCGGCUGGGGAAGCAGUACGACACCCCUUCCAAACCUCCGGAGACGCCUCGGAAAGCUGUUAAGACGGAUGUGUUCACGACACCGAAUACUAGUCGAAGGAAGCUGCCUUGGCUGGAAAAUAGCUCGGUGCCUUCGGAUGGUCUUCCGACACCGACAUCCAUGUCCAAGACUUUUGUGGAGGGGAUGGGGAGGAUAGAUCGGACAUCACCGGCAAGCGUGGUAUCGAACGCGUCCUACGUUACGGCGGGGUCGGAGCGUCAGAAGGAAAUUAUGAGGGGGUAUACGCUUCCAAUGCAAGUGGGGACGCCGACGCCGAUGCGAUCGAGUAAUACGCUUGCGGCGAAGGAUACCACGCCGACGCCGAGCCGGUUUAGAGAUGUGGAGGUUGGGGAAGGGGAGGACUGUCAGCUCAUCGCAGACAUACUUGGUGUACUCAAUGUGAAUAAUGUCACGUUGAAUGAGAGUGCGAAAGAGGGGGUAAGGAGGGUGUUGAAUAAGCAUGACCUGCGGAUGCAAGGGAUUAUCAAAGGACGCGAGAUAUCUCGACUAGCGAUCAAAGCGAAGGAUUCAAAGAUUACGGAGCUGGGACUUCGUAUUUCGACGCUGGAAGCUGAGCUGGAGACCGAGAAGGCGCUUGUGCAGCACUUCAAGUGGAAGGCCGACAACGACCUGACUUCUGACUGA